UGAGAAGAAUGAAAUGCAGAGUCACAUGUUUUUCGACAAAUCUGUCCUGGAGCACAAACAUGAAGUUUCCAAUGGAGAAAGAAAACCUAAGGAUCCAGACUCAAAAGCUGCAGAAUUCUGCCAUCAUCAGCCAACCACAGAAAAGGAAAACACUGACGUAUACCCAGGAAUGGGGUACAGGACAUCUCCUCAUCUGGACCACAAUGAGGGUUUUGACUCAAAAAGGUCUGAGCUACCGCCUGGGGAAAGUAAUCUGAGUACCACUGGAAUCCAGUGUGAACUUAUUCCCAAGAGGGAGGAAUCGGAUGCGGAGAUUUCCAGAUACACUUCUUUUACUACAGAGAAUAGAAUUACCUCCCCACAGAACCAGUACAGAGAUCAGAGAUCAGGUGAAGAUUCAGACAGGGUUUUUUCACAUCCGGAUCGCCAAGGUGGCCAUUUUAUCAGAUCCCCAGAAUCUAGAAAUGGAACAAACAGGAACAAUCAAGUUUACAACCACAGAAUGUUGGGAUUCAACAAUGGAAUAGCAUCCUACUUGUACAACCAGCCCUUCAACAGCCGAAGUAUGUCUUACUACCCCUUCAGAGAUGCUGGGACUACCGUUCCAAAAAGCCAUAGAGUGCCUUUUUAUAAGGACAUCUGUGACACUGAGAGUGGAAG